AAUAUUUUAUUUUCGAAAUUACUUGUUAAUCUGUUAGGAUUCUGAAUGACUACUACACACGGUUUCGUAGAGUCCACGUUUCUGAUCUUCAGUUGAUUUUUUUUAAAAGAAUGAUUUGUGUGGUAAUUUGUACUGUUACUAUUGGCUCAGAUCCGUGGCCGUUUUGGCUUUUCCCUGCCGGUGUGUGUUGUUCCUGCUAUGCCGUUUAGCUUGUAACGGCAGGGAGAAGCAAAACGGCUUCUGAAUCGGAAAAAGUUCAGUGAGCUAUGCGAAAACUUUUUUUUCUGAGGUGUCAAUGCGCAUGACUGAAAUGAAGUCGUGAUGAACGUCGAUGAUUUUGGAAGAAGUGAUUUUCUCUUCUGUUGGUGAGAUUGGAAAAGCUGAAGAAAUGGCUCCACCGAUUGAGACCCCAAACAAGGUUUCCGGCUAUCAGCACACCCCACACCCUCCUCUUAACGAGAGGAUUCUUUCAUCCUUGACCCGGAGGACUGUUGCUGCACACCCAUGGCAUGAUCUUGAGAUAGGACCCGAAGCUCCAAAGAUCUUCAACUGUGUGGUCGAAAUUGGAAAAGGAAGCAAGGUGAAAUAUGAACUUGACAAAAAAACUGGACUUAUCAAGGUUGAUCGUAUACUUUAUUCGUCAGUUGUCUAUCCUCACAACUAUGGGUUUAUCCCUCGUACUAUUUGUGAGGACAGUGACCCCAUGGAUGUCCUGGUUAUUAUGCAGGAGCCGGUUCUUCCAGGUUGCUUUCUUCGGGCCAAAGCUAUUGGACUCAUGCCUAUGAUCGACCAGGGUGAGAAAGAUGACAAGAUAAUUGCUGUAUGUGCUGAUGAUCCCGAGUAUCGUCAUUACAAUGAUAUCAAGGACCUUCCUCCCCACCGUUUAGCUGAAAUCCGUCGCUUUUUUGAAGAUUACAAGAAGAAUGAAAACAAGGAAGUUGCAGUAAACGACUUUCUUCCUGCCUCAUCUGCCUAUGAAGCGAUCAAGUAUUCCAUGACUUUGUACGCAGACUACGUUGUGGAGAGCUUGAGGCGGUAGUGUUGAUGCUUUUGGCACCUUGUUUGGUUGUGAAGACUGAUACUAUAAUUACGAUUAUGACGAAAUCAAAAGUUUUCUAUCCUUGUCGCGUGUGCAUUGGUCUCAGGGCAGGCAACAUGCAAUUCUAUACAUGUUCUUAAUUUUGAGUGAAUGAUUUUUUCAUUUAUUAAUAUCAAAGUUUUAUAUUAUAUAUUUGGACCAUAAUCUUACAUCUUAUAAAGGAUUUCUGCAACA